CCGGGCGGGCCGGGGCGGCGCCGAGCCGGGCCCGAGCGGGGUGCGGGUGUCCGGGCCAGGGGCCGCGGGGCGAAGAUGGCGAACGUGGGGCUGCAGUUCCAGGCAAGCGCCGGGGACGCGGACCCGCAGAGCCGGCCCCUGCUGCUGCUCGGGCAGCUGCACCACCUGCACCGCGUGCCCUGGAGCCACGUCCGCGGGAAGCUGCAGCCCCGGGUCACCGAGGAGCUGUGGCAGGCCGCCCUGGCCACACUCAACCCCAACCCCACGGACAGCUGUCCCCUCUACCUGAACUGCGCCACGGUGGCGGCCCUACCCUCCAGGGUGAGCCGGCACAACAGCCCCUCAGCCUCCCACUUCAUCAGCAGGCUUGUGCGAACCUGCCUGCCACCCGGAGCCCAUCGGUGCAUCCUGAUGGUCUGUGAGCAGCCAGAUGUCUUUGCCUCAGCCUGUGCCCUGGCCCGGGCCUUUCCCCUCUUCACCCACCGCUCAGGGGCAUCCCGCCGCACAGAGAAGAGGACUGUCACGGUGGAGUUCUUCCUGGUGGGACAGGACAACGGGCCAGUGGAAGUGUCCACCUUACAAGUGGGUGUCUGGAGGUGCUUGGUGAAUGCCAGCGAAGGUGUGCGGCUAGCCGCCCGAAUUGUGGACACACCUUGCAGUGAGAUGAACACAGACAUCUUUCUUGAGGAGAUUAGCAAAGUUGGAAAAGAACUGGGGAUCGCCCCCACCAUCAUCCGGGAUGAGGAGCUAAAGACCAGAGGAUUUGGAGGGAUCUAUGGGGUCGGCAAAGCCGCCCUCCACCCACCUGCCCUGGCAGUCCUCAGCCACACUCCUGAUGGGGCCACACAGACCAUCGCCUGGGUGGGCAAGGGUAUCGUCUACGACACCGGGGGUCUCAGCAUCAAAGGGAAGACCACUAUGCCAGGGAUGAAGCGAGACUGUGGGGGUGCUGCAGCCAUCCUGGGGGCCUUCAGAGCGGCCAUCAAGCAGGGUUUCAAAGACAACCUUCAUGCUGUGUUCUGCUUGGCUGAGAAUGCUGUAGGGCCCAACGCCACACGGCCUGAUGACAUUCAUCUGCUGUAUUCAGGAAAGACCGUGGAAAUCAACAACACAGAUGCCGAGGGCAGGCUAGUGCUGGCAGACGGUGUGUCCUAUGCCUGCAAAGACCUGGGGGCUGACAUCAUUGUGGACAUGGCCACGCUGACUGGCGCACAGGGAAUUGCCACGGGGAAGUACCAUGCUGCCGUGCUCACCAACAGCGCCGAGUGGGAGGUAGCCUGUGUGAAGGCUGGCCGGAAGUGUGGCGACCUGGUGCACCCUCUGGUCUACUGCCCUGAGCUGCACUUCAGUGAGUUCAUUUCGGCCGUGGCUGACAUGAAGAACUCCGUGGCGGACCGAGACAAUAGCCCCAGCUCCUGCGCCGGCCUCUUCAUUGCCUCGCACAUCGGAUUCGACUGGCCUGGGGUCUGGGUCCACCUGGACAUUGCAGCUCCAGUGCACGCUGGCGAGCGGGCCACAGGCUUUGGCGUGGCGCUCCUGUUGGCACUUUUCGGCCGUGCCUCUGAGGACCCGCUGCUGAACCUAGUGUCCCCACUCGACCGGGAGGUGGAUGCCGAGGAAGGUGACGUGGGCCGGGACUCCAAGAGACGCAGGCUCGUUUGAGAGCCACUGCUCAUCUCUGCCUGGUGAUGUGGGGCGGCUCUCUACCUCACUCUGCGCUGAGUUAAGAUGCGUUUAGCUUGUGUUUUGUUUGUAACUAGUGGCGAUGGAAGUGAGCCUUUCUUCUGUCUUAGAAGAUAGCCUAAGGGCUAGGUGGGGCCUGGGGAAGAUUGUCACAGGUGGGUCUGCUUCUGCCAACUUGGCUGUCCCUGAUGCCCCACCCUGGGGCCCUAGGGCUACCCACCUCAGCCCUCCGGUUACCCUCUGAACUGUGUGUACCUCCCUGCCCAGGCCCUUGCUUGCUCCAACAGGGGACUCCUGGGGUGUCCAGCCAGCCCACGCCUGGACAGAUGUGACUGCCAGUAGAGCCCCAACUCUGGAGCAGGAAGAGCCUCACCUGAAAUUGAAUUAAAUAUGGCCACACCAUAGCCUUA